ACCUGGACUCCAGUUUGCUCUCCAGAUGGCUCUUAAGCUGCCCUGGUGUGAUAUAUUUUUCCCUAAGCCGCUAUGGGUUUUCCCUGGGUCCUGGCUCCUCCCUGGCUGGCUGUUAUUGACAGCUGCAUGGCUAAUGCCGUGUAGCUCUCCAGCAUGUCAUUCAGGAGAAACAAAAGCAGAUUUCUCCCCCACCUCUCUGGCAGUGAGGAUAAAGGGGAUGCUUUUGUGCUUCCUGAAGCAUUGCCGGAGAAGGGCUGAGCGUGCCUUACGGCGGCAACCUGUCUCUGUGCAGAGCCCCAACACGGAUGUGAGCUCUCCGAGAGGGAAGCUGAGACUUCUCUAGGUCCCACCUGGAGGACGCGACCUGCUGGCCAGGAUGCAUCGACUGAUGAAGGAAGAAUCAAGUUACAGAACAAGCAGCCUGGAAAAUGCAUCUCGGGACUCAAAUAAAGAAAAGCUGCACAUGAAGCUCUGCAGUGGGUCCUGUCAUGCUGAGCAAAUACUCCAAACACUAAACUCCUACCGACAAAGUGGCAUCUUUACAGAUGUGGUGCUCUUGAUUGAUGGACAAGAAUUCCCCUGUCACCGUGCAACUUUGUCAGCCAACAGCACAUAUUUCCAGGCCAUGUUUGGUAGCAAUCUCAAGGAAGGCCACCAGGAUAUCGUCAACAUCCAGAAGAUUUCUGCUCCCACCAUGUCUCUCCUUCUUGACUAUAUGUAUGGUGGGAAUAUCAUCAUUCAGGAGGACAAUGUUGAAGGCAUCUUGGAGCUGGCUGACUUGCUGCAGAUCUCCAAGCUCAGAGAUGCUUGCGUAACCUUCCUCGAAGGUCAACUUCACCCGUGCAAUUGCCUGGGCAUCAUGAAGUUUGCUGACUCAUUCUCCAUCGCUUCCCUGACAGAGAAGAGCAAGAGAUUCAUGCUAGAGUGCUUUGUGGAGGUGUCAUGUCACGAAGAGUUCUUGGAGAUGGGGGUGAAGGAGCUGGUUGAAUAUCUUUCUAGUGAGCAGCUGGUGGUCCCCAAGGAGGAAGUGGUCUUUGAAGCAGUGAUGCGCUGGGUACGGCAUGAUAUACCUGCCAGGAAGGGAGCACUGAAGGACCUCCUCGAGCAUGUGCGCCUGCCCCUACUCGACCCUACAUACUUCCUGGAGAAGGUGGAAAUGGAUGGACUCAUCCAGGACUCAAAGGAGUGCAUUCCCCUACUGCAUGAGGCACGCAAGUACUACAUCCUUGGGAACGAGGUCAGCAAUUUGCGAUCAAGGCCCAGAAGGUUCAUGGAGCUGGCAGAAGUCAUUGUGAUUAUUGGGGGCUGUGAUAAGAAAGGCCUUCUGAAGCUGCCCUUCACAGACCUCUAUCAUCCAAAGAGCAGACAGUGGACAGCCCUCUCCAGCGUGCCUGGCUAUACCAAGUCGGAGUUUGCUGCUUGCACACUGAAGAAUGAUGUGUACAUAUCAGGGGGCCACAUCAGCAGCAAUGACGUUUGGGUGCUGAGCUCGCAGCUGAACGUCUGGAUCAAGGUUGCGUGUCUGCAGAAAGGCCGAUGGAGGCACAAAAUGACAACGCUGCAGGGCAAGAUCUAUGCUGUGGGAGGGUUUGAUGGUUUUUACCGCCUCUCCAGCGUGGAGUGCUAUGACACCUUCUCCAACAGCUGGUCGACCUUGGCCCCGCUGCCUCAAGCUGUGAGCUCAGCAGCCGUGGUCUCCUGCCUCAACAAACUAUAUGUGCUGGGCGGUGCUGUGGACGACAGCGCAAACACAGACAAGGUCCAGUGUUAUGAUCCGGAGGAGAACAAGUGGACACUCUUGUCCCCUACCCCGUUCUACCAGAGAUGCAUCAGUGCUGUGUGCUUGGACAACAUCAUUUAUGUUGUAGGUGGACUCCUCAGUAAAAUCUUCAGCUACGAUCCAAGAAAAGAUAGCUGGCGAGAUGUGGCCACCCUCCCUGGACCACUGGAGAGCUGUGGCUUGACAGUGUGUGAAGGGAAGAUUUACAUCCUGGGUGGCCGAGAUGAGAACGGAGAAGGCACGGACAAAGCAUUCACUUUUGACCCGACAACAGGGAGUGUGGAGCAGCAGCCUCCGCUGCAGCGCUGUACCAGUUAUCAUGGCUGUGUGACCAUCCUGCAGCGCAUGAACAGAUGACCGUGGGGCUUCUACUGUGUCCACCUCCCAGCCAGAGCCUGCCCUUGAGACAGCGGCCACCCAGUGUGUGGAUGGACAACCUGCCUCCUCCCUUGUGGUAUUCUCCUCUGUGGGGAAGGGCAAUACCAGCCAUUGAAGAAGAUGCACUCCAGCCAGGCCCUGAGCAACCUCUCUUUUGUUUUUGCAGUGUUGGUGAUAACACCAACACUUUUGAUGUUAAUCUAGGUGAGAGGAUGGAAGGGUGCUGGGCUAUGUGAAAGUUACACUAUGGACCUUGCAAUAGUGAGAUUAAGGUAUUGUUGCAGGCACUGAAACUGCUGAAUCUGAUCUUUACUUAGGCUUUCCUGGCUGCAGGUUACAGCUUUCUGUUAUGUUGGAAACAAAGGCUCGCUGUCCUACAAGGACAUAUGUUCUGCUGGUCUCUGACUCCUGAGGCUGUUGCAGUCAUAGUUAUAGAAUCCAGCUCUUAGCUAAAGUUAUGUGGUAUUUGUACAUUUAGCUCUGUAGAUCCCUUUGUCUAACCACAAUGCUGACCUAGAUGGUGAUUGACAGCCAUGAACUGUUAGUCCCCAUGACAGUGGAAGACUGAGAGUGAGACUUCAAAGCUGACAUUCCAAGAAAAUUUCUGUGCUAAAUCCCUAAAUGCCUGGUUAAAUAGUGGACCUGUUGACUCCACUUUGCACAUGCUGUAUGAAUUUUCCCUCUAUCGCCCUAUAGCACAGAGUGCUGUCUCUUUUCAUACCUGUUUUGCGGUUGGACUGCUCUCUCACUGUAUCUUUGUCAUUGAGAGGAAGAGUGAAUUGUGUAGCCAAGAGUUCCUUCUUUGGAGAGCAGAGGUGGGGGAAUAUAAUGCGUAGAAAUUAGCCAUCACUUACAUAGCAACGAUGACAUGAAGAACUGAGCCAUGGUAGCCACAGAAUUGCAUCUGGCUCAGUUUGGCUCCAGAGUAUGCUGGCAAUUAGGAAAAUAAACUUAAUAUUUAACAGAUUGGGUACAGAGUCCCUGACAGCCCAAAUAUCUGCCCUGCUGUUAAAACAGUUCUUGGCACAGGUUUGGCCUGUGUCAGCUCUGACUUUUCCACACAGUUCUCAGGCACGGUUCAGGAGCUGUCACAGUCCAGAGCGUUCUCCAUGGGCGGCUAGGGGCAGCCCAUUUGGAGGGUGAGUUUGAUAGCAUAGGCUUCAUUGUCCCAGGCCAGGUGGCCUCAGGAUCUAGAAAUGAUCCUGAGCACAUCUGGUUUGGUAGAAAAGCCAUAUCUUUUGAUGUCAGUGUCUUUAGUCCAGGAUAGGAAUCAAUAAUUUUGGAUGGGUCCAUGUAAAUGCCCGUGUUGAUCAUUUAGGAACUUGAUUACUAUUAAAUGUAGAGUGGGGUCUCUUAAACUCCCAUUACUUGUACAUAGUGGGGUGCAACCCUCUAACAGCACGCUGCUGGCUGGCUGCUGUUCUCUCUGUACCUUCCUUUCCCCAUUUCAGUGGUGACCUCUUUCUGAAGUAGAGGAAACUACUAUGGCCAUUGGCCCAGCUACUUCCCUUCUCAGGGCCAUUUAGUUAUCUUAAACCUCAUAUUGUUUCCUGCUUCCCCACAUAUAGCUGAUUUUUCAUCUGGUCCUCUUUAGUUGGCCAGUACUUAAUGUCUUCUGUCAAUUGUGAGAAGUUCACCUCUUGUUCAUGGUUUCCUAAUUACCUAUAAAAUAUGGCAAAAAGAAAUCCCUGCUGACAGAAGGCAAAUUGGCUGGAACCUAGCAAGUUAAUCUCCUUCUCUCAUAAGGAAAAGCAUAUUUUUCCGUCGUUCAAGUGAAAAGUAAAUUAUUUUGUUGCGAGGACUGUUCCCAAUACUCCUCAUUGUCAAGUUUGAAAUGUUUCAGGGUUAUGGUGGUGAUUUUGUCUAUCAAGGUACACUAUUUAUAUUCUCAGCCUCAAAUUCUCCUUAAGGCUUGUGCACAUGGGUUAACGCUUUUUUCAGCUCAUGAGCAGCACAAUGUGUCCUUUGAGUAAUACAAAGGCGAAUCAGUGCUGGUAUAGGUUAUUCCUCUGAUGAUAAAGAAAGGAACUUUUCACCAGUUCAUGCUGGUGAAAAGCAGUUUUAUUUGCUGUCAUAUUUGGGUCUUUGGUGGGAAUGAUUAUUUCAGUAGAAAGCGUACCUUUCACUGAACUAAUUAAAUUAGCGCAAAAAAGGAUGUGCACAUCAACCCAUGACAUGGUAGACUUUAGGCCAGGGACCUUGAUUCUCCUGCAGUCUGAUCCCCUGAGGACCACAAGGCACAGCACAUCUGCCCUGAGCAAUUCUGCUGCUCCUACUGCUCCCUUAUGCCUUAAGCAACUAGCCUCUCUCUUUGGUAUGGAGGCCGCUUCAAAGUAUAUGGAUUGGGACCCAGUGUCUCCACCUCACCCCCAUGCCUUGUCUAGCCAAGUAUGUUCUUCAUUCUCCACAGACUGUCCCAUUAUCAUCUCCCUCCAUUUGGACUGCGCUUUGGAAAACACUGCUGGUGUUCCCAAAAAAUGGGUGCAACUAGACCUUGCAAGCGCACGUGUUGAAUGAACUGUGCUCGACUGAGGAGGCAGCAGUGUGAGGAAUCAGCCCUUAUGAAAGGCACGGUUCUCAUGCUGAAUUUCUGCCUUGACUAAGAUAUUCAGAAAAGGGCUAUAAAUACAACCAUAGCCUGUAUGGCCAUUGACAGAUCUUUGUGCUCUUGUUCUUGGAAAGAGCAUUGCAAUAUAUGCGGACAUAGCAAUAGUCUCGAUAGGAAAAGGGAGCAGUUUUCCACUGGCACUGGUAGCUUGCUGGGUAAACCUUGCUUUACUUUUACACUUGGCUGAAACAUUCCUGAGGGAGUCUUGCUUAGGCUAAGCCUAAAAUGUUUGAAGGAGAUUUCACUGACUGUUGCGCUUUAUAGCCUAUUUUGGGGGGCUCUCAUGUGGAAUUUGGAAGACGGGCUAUAGCCUUUUGGACCAGGCUUUUCAUUGUCUUAGGCUGGUUAGGAUUUUCCUAACAUCUCCUAUGAGUCUCUUGCUGUACUUCACACUUUAGUCUUGUAGAAAUAAACACACUUGAAAGCAUAGAUUCACUAUAAGAUGUUCAGGUCAGCUUUCCUAUGUGCUUUUGACAUGUGUGAUGUGUUACAAUAGGUGAUGGAAGUUGUGGCCUAGAUACUAAAAUGUUCACCUUGUUCUUGGUCCUGAUAUUCAUUGUACUGCUGAACUGUAUUUGUAUUUUGUAAUGGCUGUGAGCUGUGGGCAUGCAGAGGAGGGGGAGGGAAGGAAUUUAACUCCUUAUUUUUAGAAAUAAACAGUUCCCUCGACUUCUAAGUGCUUUUGCUGCAGGAAUUUUUUGACUGCUUAUCUUUCAUUUGUGCAUAUUGCUUCAUGGCAUUCAAAAAAAAUACUGAUGCUCCAUUGCUGAUGGAGCAUCAGAAGAGUAUUGGGAGCACUACCCAUGAGAACAGCAGAAAGACUCCAGGGCUGGGUUUUGGCCUCUGGCUGGGAUAACUGAGUUGUCAAUCUAAGCAGGUAAGAACCUCAAAGUACUGCUAUUGGUCUGCAAAUGAUGGUGUCUUUAAACGUAAUGUGGGGUCAUGGCCAAAUCAAGGUAGAGAAGGUGCCUGGAGCAGUCAAACUGAGCUGAUGAGUUGGGAAACCUCUUUUGAUAGUUUAGUGUGAUGGAAAGAAUAUCUUCAGAGAAAGUGAAAGAUUAGUUGUCUUGGGUGAUUCUUGUUCUUGAUGUGUCAGAAGAACAUGAAACUGGCUGCCGCUACAAUCUGCUCCAGGCUUUGGAGAAGACUGUUGCCAGACCACAUGUAAAGCACUGUCUCACUGUGUUUGUUUAUAGUAAGAUACAGACUUACUGUGGGAGCUUUGUAUAGCAAAAGAUGUAGAAGAAAGUAGUGAUCAUCUGGAAAGCAUGUGCAGUCAUUCAGCUUUAUGUAUUUAAGCUUUUAAGCAUGCAAUAAAUGACUUUUUUGCACUCCAAAA